ACACACUUCUGACAGGUCCAAACCACCCCCACACAAAAGCACUUUCUUGGAUACCAUUUUCCUCUCCACUCUACUUUCCCGGGAAAAAAAAAGAAAAAACUUUUCUUGGAUCUAAAAUUUCUUUUUCUUUCUCCUCCAUUGCCUCCCCACUUCAAUUCUGAACCAAAAAAACUCUCACUUCUGCUUUCUCUCUCUCUGUUUGAUUUCCGAGAAACUUUCGUUUCCUUCAUUUUCCCUCCCUAACUUUCCCGAGAAAAUUCCAAUCUCUGGUGCUUCCCCCCCCCCUCUCUCUCUCUCUCUAAAGAUUGAAUGGCGGCGGCGGCGGCGGAGAACGCAUUGAAAUCAAGAGAGGUAUCGGCGAUGAUAAAGCAAGGCUUCAUCUCAGACCACCAUACGCUCUCGUUUUCUCCUUCUAGACUACCGCCUCCACCGCAAACCACGAAUUCCUUUCCUAGGGUUUACUCUCCUUCCUCUUCUCCACCACCACAACCACAACCACAACCACAACCAACACCUCCGACUAAUUCUUACUCUCAAUCUCAGUCUCAAACUCUCUACGAGAUGAUGUCGGAGGAGCAACACCGCGAAUCGAAGCUCUCCGACGACAGACGCCGCAAGCUCCACCUCCGCGUUUCGAAAAUCCUCGACGAAACGCAGACGAGGACGACGUCGUUCCGGGACCGAAACGGCACGGACGGUUUGGGGUUCGGUUUCGGAAUCGGAAGCGGCGGGGACGUGAAGGUGUCGGUGGUUGGGAGAGACGGGUUUCGAGUGACGAUGGAAAUGCACAAGAGCGUGUUGGAAGAGAAGAGCCGAUUCUUCGACGAGAAGAUAGGGGUGGCCCACUACGUCGAGAUCAGCGAUUGCGAUGACGUGGAAGUCUACGUGGAAACCCUAGUCUUGAUGUACUGUGAUGAGUUCAACUUGAAGAAGAGGUUGAUGGGUGAAGACGUGUCCAAGAUUUUGGCUUUGCUCAAGGUAUCUGCAGCUAUCAUGUUUGACGCUGGGAUUAUAUCAUGCUUAGAGUAUUUGGAAGCCAUACCAUGGUCUGAGGAUGAAGAGGAAAAAGUCAUAUCUCACCUCAAUAAACUUGAGCUUAAUGACUCUGUCACCGAAGUUCUGCUGAGAGUAUCAUCUGAACCUUCUACUUCUACAAGAGCUGAUGACAUCUUCUUGAGAUUGCUGUCUGGUGUUCUGCUAGCAAAAGAUGAUAAAGCUCGUCGAGAAAUGAAAUCUCUGAUUUCUCGGCUACUAAGAGAAGAUGCAACCAGUGAGAGCAACAGGCUUGAUGUCUCAAAGGAUGUCCUUUAUCAUCUUUGCCAUAGAUGUCUUAGUUCUCUUAGCCUAUGCCUAUCUGAAGCUACAGCUGUGGAUGAGAAUCGAGAUCGAGGGGUUUUAAUGGCUGAAAUAGCUCGAGAGGCUGACAAUAUGCAAUGGAUCGUGGAUAUUCUAAUUGAUAAAAAAAUGGGAGAUGAAUUUGUGAAACUAUGGGCAGAUCAGAAGGAGCUUGCAACUCUCCAUUCAAAACUUCCCAUCAUGUACAGGCAUGAAAUCAGCAGAAUCACUGCACAAAUUUGUAUUGCUAUUGGGAGAGGUCAUAUUUUGGUGCCCAAAGACACCCGGUUUUCAUUACUGUCCACAUGGCUGGAGGCCCUUUAUGAAGACUUUGGAUGGAUGAGAAGGGCUUCUAGAUCAGUUGAUAAGAAACUGGUUGAAGAUGGAUUAAGCCAAACAAUUCUUACGCUGCCGUUGCCGCAGCAGCAGGCUAUCUUGCUUAAUUGGUUUGAUCGAUUUCUUAACAAAGGAGAUGACUGCCCCAAUAUUCAGAGGGCAUUUGAAGUUUGGUGGAGAAGAGCCUUCAUCAGACAAUUUGCAGCUGAGCAGGAUACUUCCCAGUUGCAAAUUACUGUUUGUGAUUAUCCAAAUUAAAAGGUUUGUUCCCCGUGUCAAAAAAAAAGAAAAAGAAAAAAAAAAAAAGCCCAGACCUCAUGUGUACAUAAGAAAUGACAAUUUUUUUGCUUGUCAGCCGAGUCUUUUUCUGCUUUAAUCCAUUUUGAUUUCUGAUUUUCUUUAUAGAGAAAAAAGAAUAUCUGAAAGAUGCAGUGUUAUAUAGAGCAGUUUAUGGUGAGAGCCCUGGAAACUAGUGAAAAUUGUAUAAUGAUUAAUGAUGCAAAUCUAUGCCUUGAGGUUUUGUUUGAGCUCCAUUAUGGCUUUGCCAUGGUUGCACGUUAGAAAAUAAAGGUUAUAGUCCAUAAUCGUUGGA